GUCCAAACAGAGUACUGUGGCCUGUGAUAAACGGCAGAUGCCGCACAAACACCUCGAUAGCAAUUUCCAAAGAAGAGUAAAAAAAGCCUCCCAUGUUACUCAGUGGUGAUACAUCUGCACAGGCACGAUCCCAUUACGGUUACCAUCACCUGAGGCGUAGGCAGCGUCAUAUUUGUUGAUAUGGCCUCGAAUCCGGACUCAGAGUCUGUUUCUCCGAGUACUUCUACUUCUAAAAUUGCCAUCCCGAGAUUAUCGAUUCAUGAAGUGGCCGCUGGGCCACGCACUAGGAAGGCAUGUAAGGAAUGCAGAAUACGCAAGGCAAAAUGCGACGGUCACCAGCCAUGCAGUCGAUGCGCGGCAUGUGGAGUAGAGUGUCUCUACAUUGAUGGGAAAAGGGAGACUAUGGAAAGGAGAUACCUAGAUCUUGAAAGUCGGGUUCAGGCGUACGAGAAAGUCCUGCGCCGGGUACAGUUUCGAGUCCCGCCCGAGGAAGGGGACCUUAUCGCUCAGACUCUUGCCCAUUACGGUCUGUCUACUGAGGUGAUCAACACUGUUACAGAUCAUGCACACCUUUCAGCUACAGAAGAUGAUACUGUUUAUGCAAUAGAGUGUGUACAGGAGGACCUUCAUAGUAGCAAAACUUUACAGCCCAUUGGAUUUAUUGGCGGUCCUUCUGAGCUGUCCUGGAUUCAGGAUUUGAACCAGGAGGUCGAGAAAUACACAAUAUCUUCGGAAGGAAUCUCUCCGAAAGGAGUUCCAACUAAUGACUCAGAAGUUUUGAGUAGGGAGCUGGCUAUUUAUGGAAACAUCGAUCUUCAGAUUCAGCCACCUCAAGGUGUUGCGGAGCGUCUGCUUUGCCUAUACUUUCAGACUGUGCAUCUUUCGUUUCCCAUUAUCAGCAAACUGUCCUUUACGCAACAAGUGGGCAGAUAUUACGCCAAUCCAAAUUUACGUCCGCCGAAGAAAUGGCUCGCGAUUUUGAAUUUGGUUUUUGCUGCCGCUGCCAAGUUUGCGCAUUUAGUACCUCAACAUUUGAUGCAAUCCAUGGAUAGCCCGACGGAGUAUUUCUCCCGGGCUCAGCAACUCGCUACCGCAGAAAAUCCAUUAACUGAACAUCCCAAUCUUCAACAGUUUACCUCUGUUCAUCAAAAGCCCCCACGUUCUCAUCGUAUUGCAGGUCCUGGAGAAGUAAAGAGAUAUCCAAUACCUUUCGAAGAAGAGCAGUUUCAUCAAGAUCCUGCUGCCAGACUCUUAGCAGAUUCGGAAUUUCGUGCUGAGUAUAUGCGGGAUUCUACAUUCUUCGGAUGCACCCCUGCGAACCGGCCUCGAAAUACCGAAAAAUUUGGCGGCCGAAGGCCUGGCUCCAAACUUCAAGAUAUUGUCCCUAAUACUUCUCGGUAUUUUCUCUAUUUGGUCGAGCUGACCAAGAUCAUGCGUCAAGCAGUUGAUUCCUUGUACAGUCCAGGAUUCGCGAGACGUCCUUGGCUUACCAUCUAUGCGGCCAUGAUAGACCUGGUGCACGAAACAGACGAAUGGCUUUCCGGUUUAGCGGAAGCCUUUAGCUUCAAGAAUCAUCAAGGAUCAGGCCAAUUUGACAGGUGGAGAUGGGGCCUUGCCGUCAGAUUUCAUAGCGUGAGGAUUACAAUAUGUCGGCCCUCCCUUUGUCGGUCGGGAAGGCACAGACAAGGCACCGAGCCUUCCAAGGAUCUUCAGGAAACUGCAGAUAUAUGUAUUGAUUCAGCUUGCCAGAUUCUGGAUCUCCUGCCUGAUAUUCCUGACAGAAUCUGGUUGGCUGAGGUGUCUCCAUGGUGGUGUGUCCUACACUACCUCAUGCAGUCAGCAACCAUACUGCUGAUAGAGCUGGGCUAUCGCAUCCGAACAGGUGCCGACCAGGCCGCUUUUAUCGAAUCACGCAUUAAAAAAGCACUAGACUGGCUUUCCGCUCUGGCGGCUGAUGAUCUCGCUGCUGAACGUGCUUUCAAAGUCUGCGAUAGUCUUCAUCGUCGGCUCCUUCUCCGCUCGAUCGUCGAACAGGACAGAGUUCCUAGGUUCUCUGCGGCGUUGUCAACGAAACUUAUCCCUUCUGCGGAUGUCCCAAGUUUAGUCUCCCAGGCUGAGCACAGUUCUACUCAUGUUUCCGUAGUGCCGCACGGAACGGGGGAGUCGGCAUUUAUGGACUCAGAAAUGAGGAACGAGGCAAUGUUUCAUCCAGCGCUCCAGACACCGUACGACCAAUUCAUGCCGUACGAUUUGGACAGGGCAUGGAAGUAAUCAUAGAAAUCAGCCAUCAUCAAGUAGCACGCAGAUCCUGAAGACUUUGGACAGUAU